AUGAGCCGAUCAUUGAGCUGGUCUCGAACGGCCAAAUCCUCACUGGCAAAGCAACAUGUCUCUCGUCCCAGUGACCCCACUACGGUGCGCCCGGCACAGUCUCUCAAUCGCCGAGCGCAGCAGAUUGCCGAAUUUUCAGGGAGUAGCGAAAGUCAGGAUCGUCUGGGCCACCGAGCAAAAGAGAAGCUACUUGACCGGGAAUUUUUCUUGAGCUUGCUGAGUUCUGCCUCGACAAAGCGCGAGGCCAAGUCGUACCUAGCUCGGCUUAAAGCCAGCCCUGGUAAAGCAGCCCGAGACUCCACAUCCGAAGCUCCGAAAGAAUCCGCACCAGAACCUCCGCCAUUAGGUGUGAACCUGGGCUCCUUUUAUGGUGCCUCAAGGGCUGUUUAUGAUAGCCCUGUAUUUCGACAACAGACCACGCCCGCGCCCAAAGCACAGGACCUGCCUGAAAGGCUACACCUGGCUCUGAUCAAAAUCACCACACCCCAAUUGCUCGAUGAUGCCGUGAUCAGCGGCGUAGCGAAGACCCUGUCGCAGCUUGUGCGGCUGGGCAUGGCAUGCUGUGUCGUGGUUGAUCCUGGAAACCUGGAUGGCGUAGCCAUGCGCCAAACGGCCAUUGAGCAGGCAAACCGGAUAUCCGCAGCGGUGGAUGAGCUGCCCGACUCGAAGUCAUUCCGUCUGGACUCAGCCUUGUCCAUCUCUGAGCGAGGAUCGGGCCAGCCCACGGUACUCUCGCGCAAGGUGCUGUUGAGCGCACUUCGGGAUGGCCAUGUGGUUCUCGUCCCUCCCAUUGCCUACAAUGAAGACAACCCGCGAGCUGUCCCUGUUUCUGCCAAUGAUGCUGCACUUGCACUCACGAAGGAGUUUGCUGGGCUGUCCCUUCAUCCAGACCCAGACGAGGAUCCAUCGGUUACGGUAGAGAGAAUCACUGCUCUGCAGAAGGAGGUUUCAUUGGACCGUGUCAUUGUUCUCGAUGCACUUGGCGGUAUCCCGGCCUUCAAAGGUCCUCAAUCAUCCCAUGUCUUCAUCAACAUGGAGCAGGAGUUUGAUCAAAUCAAAGAAGAACUUCUUCAAGCCCGAUCGUCCAUAAUUGACAAGGGUGAUCUCACAAAUCAGGUCAACCUAGAAGCCAGUCUUCCGAUCCUAGAAAGCAACCCUAUCUCCAAGUUCGUCAACCAGGAGGUAGCUUCACCCAUUCAGCCUGCACAGAAUGAGCAACUGCCCGGCGCAGACAUGACGGAUAAGGGAAUAGAUGGUCAUCUAGACAAUCUUCGAUUCACACAGCAGGCCCUGGCCAUGCUUCCAUCAGCUUCUUCGGGUAUCAUCACCUCCCCCCAAGAAGUGUCUCACUCAGCGCGAGCACCCCAAGUCGCCGUAUCAGAUGUAUCUGCCGUUGGGACACGACGACAACGCAAUCCCCUCAUCCACAAUCUACUGACCGACAAACCCCUCCUCUCAUCAUCGUUGCCCCCAGGCCGGCGCAGCACAUCAAGGAACGGCAUAUCCAACAACUUGAGCCCUGUCACAUCUCAUACGACCUUCGUCAAGCGUGGAAUGCCUCUUACCAUACUACCAAACCCCUACACAAAGCCAUGGAUGGCCCACAUCCAACCAAGACUAGGCCUCAACGACCCCUCCAUUGACCUCCCUCGCCUCGUCACCCUCAUUGAGGAUUCCUUCGACCGCAAACUAGAUGUCCAAGAUUACCUCGACCGAGUGAACGAUCGCAUCGCCGGCGUCAUCGUAGCUGGCGAGUACGAAGGCGGCGCAAUCUUGACCUGGGAGACGCCGCCCGGAGUUCCAGACGACGGGAGCGAAGCUAGCACUGCCCGCAUGGUCCCCUAUCUGGAUAAAUUCGCCGUGCUUAAACGCAGCCAGGGCGCAGGCGGUGUCGCCGACGUGGUUUUCAAUGCGAUGGUGCGCACAUGCUUCCCUGAGGGGGUUUGCUGGCGCAGUCGCAUGGAUAAUCCUGUCAAUAAGUGGUAUUUCGAGCGCUCUUCGGGGACUUGGAAAUUGGCGGAUAGUAAUUGGACCAUGUUUUGGACAACUCCUGGCUUGGUCGAGAACUCCCAGCGCUUCCAGGAUUACGAGGCUGUGUGCCGGACUAUUCAGCCGAGCUGGGCGGACAACAAAAGCGUCAUCGAUUGA